AUGAUUGUUUUUAGAAAUUUCUUUAACGGUAUAUAUUAAGCACCAGAAUAUGCAAACAUUCUUUCUAUGCGUGAAUAUUUUAGGCAUGUAGUCCCACCCUCCCUUGCUUUACCCCUCAUUAAGUGCAGCCCACAUGGCCAAAGAAAUUCACCGCUCGUCCUUUGCGCAAGCGUCGUAUUCCUCGCUGACCAGCAUAAAAUGGACCGUUAGCCGAGACUCGGGCAACAGUUCGCAUUGAGGUACGGCCGAGAUGAAGUCGCUAACGCUAUUAGCUUUUUUGCUUUGGCUGCUCUGCUCCUGUUUCCUGGCUGCCGAGAGCAGCGUGGCCACUGGCAAGGAUGCUUGGCUGCGUCCCGGCUGCCAUAAGGUGGGCAACACGCGUAAGAUCUCCAUACCGGACUGUGUCGAGUUUACAAUUACAACAAACGCCUGCCGUGGCUUCUGUGAAUCGUAUGCGGUGCCAUCGAUACCAUCUGCGUUGCCGGGCGUAUUCCGACAACCCAAGCCCGUCGUAUCCGUGGGUCAGUGCUGUAAUAUGAUGAAAUCCGAAGAGAUACAACGUCGCGUGCUUUGCAUCGAGGGCAUACGGAAUGUGACCUUUAAGAGCGCCGUCUCCUGUAGCUGCUAUCACUGCAAAAAGGACUAGAGAAAUCACAAGAUUA